AAUCUGAACCCAGAGUUCUCAGCUCCGGCGACUCUCUCCUCUCUCUCUCUACAAAGUUUCACAAAAAUGGUGACAAUGGAGACAAUCUCAGCGGCUCUAAGUCUCGUCGAUUCGAAGAAAGAGAAUCUCCGAAAAGCCUUCGAAGAUCUUCAAUCCCACUCAUCUUCUCUCUCCUCCUUCAACCUCUCAUGGUCCGACCUCGAUUCCCACUUCUCCGCCCUCCAAUCAUCUCUCCAAACCCAGUUCACUCUCCUCCAAUCCCAACAACAAAAACCCCAAUCUCAACCACCCAAACAACCCCCAAAUCAAACCCAACAACCAGAUUCACUCGUCUCAGUUCGCCCAGAGCUGAAAGCCUUCUGCGAGAACAUGGAUGGGUUGGGCUUGAGGAACUACAUAGCCGAGCGGCGCAAUGAACGAGCCACGAUCAGAGCCGAGCUUCCUGACGCGCUUCGGCUCGCACCGGACUCGGCUGCGAUGGUUCUGGAUGCUACGGAGGGGUUCUAUGUGAAGAAAUCGGUUCUGUAUGAUUUGAGGCGGAGCUGUGUGGUUUUGUUGGAGGAGUUGAUGGGUUUGAAACCGAAGAUUGGGGGUGAAGUGAAGGAGAGAGCGAGGAAUUUGGCUGAUGAGUGGAAAGGGAGAGUGGGUUCUGAUGGUGAGAAUCCAUUGGAGGCAUUUGGGUUUCUUCUUCUUUUGGGGACUUAUGGUUUGGCAGAUGGGUUUAGUGUAGAGGAACUUGUUGAUUUUGUUGUCAUUGCUGCUAGGUAUCAACAAACUAUUGAAUUGUGUCGAGUGCUCGGUCUCGGCGAUCGGAUUUCUGAUGUUAUUUCAAAACUUAUUAGAAAGGGCAAACAAGAUCUGGCAGUCAAAUUUAUUUUUGGAUUUGAGCUUGCCGACAAGUUCCCGCCAGUGACCCUCUUAAAAAAUUAUGUGGAAGAAUCCAAAAAACUUGCUAAGAAAGUUCGCAAAGAUGGAAACUUUUCUCUUCAAUCGAAGAAUGAGGCCGUAACCAAAGAAGUCAACGCAUUGAAAUCUGUGAUCGAAAUCAUUGAGUAUCAUAAGCUUGAAUCUGAGUUGCCGAAGGAGAACCUUAAAAAUCGCGUUGAGGCGCUAGAGAAGCAGAAGGCAGAGAGGAAGCAGCAGUCAAAGCUAAAGAACCUGAGUGGAAGCAAGCGUCCUUGGACUACUGAACUAGCUGGUCCGGAAAUGAUUCCAAAUAGUAUUGCUGGCUCAACCGUUCCAGCAUUUCAGCAAUCCCAUUUACAGCCAUCAGGUUUGUUGCCAGAUCAUCAUGCUCCAUACUCGAGCUCACCAGCCGGGCCAUAUGGCUUGGCGGGUCCCACUUCUGGCACUGCCCAGUAUGCGGGCCCGUCUGCUGGCUCGUAUGUUCCGGCAGGAGCUCCUUUCGGUGUCCCUGGGAACUUAAUGCCUACACAACCUCACACAUACCCUUCGGAAUCACACAUGCCAUCUGGUUAUUUUGAUAGGCCAAUUGCUUAUGGUGGUUAUGGUUUGCCGCCACAAUACCAUCCAUCUUACUAUCCUCAGUAGGUACUUGUAUCAUUCUAACCAUUUAGUACUGUAAUAUUGGAUGGUUUGGUUAUUUGAGUUAUGUUGAAGUGUGUGGCUGCUUAGUGCCACAAGAUUCACAACAUUAUAGUUUCCUGAACCAUAAUGAUUGAGAUGUUUGGGAAUAACUCAUGAAAAUUUUCAUUUGA